UGUCUCUUGUCAGACUGCACCAACACGGCUCAAGCGAACGGCUUCUGCUACGCUCACGGCGGAUAUCAGGUGUGCUAUGCUCUUGGUUACUGCACCAACACGGCUCAAGCGAACGGCUUCUGCUACGCUCACGGCGGAUAUCAGGUGUGCUAUGCUCUUGGUUGUAACCGGAGGGCU